GGGGGGGGCGGCGCCCGCUCCGCGCCGCCUCCGCGGGGACAAUAGCGCGGGGCCAUGUCGUCCGCCGGCGGCCGCCAGCCCAGCCAGAGCCGGGCCAUCCCCACCCGCACCGUGACCCUCAGCGACGCGGCUCAGCUCCCCCCGGACUACUGCACCACCCCCGGCGGCACCCUCUUCUCCACCACCCCGGGGGGCACCCGGAUCAUCUAUGACCGCAAGUUCCUGCUGGACCGCCGCAACUCCCCCAUGGCUCAGACCCCGCCUUGUCACCUCCCCAAUAUUCCCGGCGUCACCAGCCCUGGCUCGGCCGGCGAGGAGCCCAAAGCGGACGCCAACAGCUUGAAUCACCAGGAGGGGAAGCCGUCCAUGGGGGAUGAUGCUCAGUUCGAGAUGGAUAUCUGAGCGGGAACCACGGAGAGGCAGCAACUCCCCAGACCUGUGCACACCCCAUUCGGCUUAGCAGGAUCCGUCCCGGCGAGUCGGAGGCGGCAGCGGUCCCCACCGGCGUUCCCUUCCCCGUCUGCCUCCCCCCCACCCCUCUUUCCAGGGAGCGUGGCUCUGGCUUCACCCCCUUUAUGGGUGACCGGUCCCAGCAUGUGCCAGCCGGAGCAUCCCUUCUGGAUCCGGCCCUGUUCCUCCUCCUCCACCCACCAGCAGCCUGAUCUCCGCCGGACUCCUUUGUAAAACGUCCCUUUGCCUCUUCUGCCGCCUCAUGCUCCCCUGCCCUUCCCCCCCCAAAAAAACCCUCCUGUUACCCCAAAACCUCCCGUUGCCGGCAGCUUGGUAGUCCGGAGCUGCGUCACCCCCUUUGCCCCUUCUCCUGGAAAAUUUGGGCAGCCUCUUGGGAGAAGGGGGAAAGCGUUGCACCUAAAACCGAGCGCCCACUUGCACUCCGGGGAGGGGUUUUUUUCAGUUCCCCCGGGACCUGCUGGCAUUCGGUGGAGGACACCGUUGGCAGUCCGUUCCCUUCGGUGCUCUGGGGGUCCGAGUUAGCCCCCGACAGCGUCGGGCAGUGUGCCCGCAUCUCUCUCCUUCCCGGAUUUCUUCUGUCUUGGCCCUUCGACCGGGGGCUGCAUACCCGACCCAUCAGCCAGGACUCAAAGCGACGUAGCCAUGUUUUACAAAAAACCCCUUGCUUUUUAUUUUUUUUGGUACUAAAAAGGGGCACUUUACCGGCAACGCUUCUUUUAUCGGGCUGGGGAUGAGCGCCUCUGGGAAAGUGCUUUCUAGUGCUUUUUUUUUUUUUUUUUUAAAAUCCUCCUUCCCCUUUUAAAAUGUGAAUAAUACAGGAGCAAAAUCCCUCGGUGCCGCUGGAUGUCUCAGGAAUAGCUGGGCGCCCAGGGGGGGCUGCAAGCUGAGACGCCGCAGGGAUGUGACGCUGCGGCCGGGAGCAUCGCGGCUGCACCCAGGGCGCUCCGGUUGCAGGGUGCCGGCAUCGGUGCCAUCCUCUGCUCACUUUUCAUGCCAGGGCUUCCCCCGGCUGGGUUUUGCUGCCGUGGAUAAAGGGUUUCCCAUGUUAAACUCCCCGCUGGCGGUGGCUUUGCCAGCCUGGCACGUUGUGGCCAUCCUGCCUGUUCCCGGCAUCUUGAACCCCCCCCAGAGAUGGGAUUUAUUUUUUCUCCUCUCUUGGUGCGACUCUCGCCUUGAAGAGCAGCGUUGGGUGAGGGCGUGCGUGGCGGGGGGUGCCGCGGCGGUGCCGUGCUGUGCCCCCCGAGCCCACCAGCCCCCCUUAUUUUUUUUUUUUACUGCCUGUUGGGAGCCGUCAACAGCUUCGCAACCUUCUCAAGUGCCAUUUUAUCAGCCCCCACCUGAGUGCCUGCUCCAUCCAUCCUCCCUCCCUCGCCGGGGUCAUCCCCCCACCCCGGUACCCAGCCCCAGGGACCCGUCGCCUGCCGGGGCGGUGGCUCUGCGUGCCAGGGACGGGUACGUCCCGCACCGGCAUUCGUGCUGCAGGUUUUGUGCACUUUCCGUCCGGUAAUUUAUUUCUCUAGGUGUGUUUGGCGCGGGUCGGCGCGGCGGCUGGUUGCGAGCUCCCAUCUUCCAGGUGCUUUUCUCACGAGGGGGUGGGCUGCCACUCGUUUUGGGGCGAAAAAGCAAAAAAAAAAACCAACCCCAAGGGAAGGGGAUAUCUCUCCCAUCCUUUCCCCUGCGUGGGUAGCGCUUGGUGGGAUGUGAUGUGAACGUGUAGCCGGCCGUCGUAGGCACACGAGUGAGUGAGUGCAAGUAGAAAUAUGUAUAUGCGUGUGGGUGGGUGGUGAUAAGACACACACAAAUAUAUAUAUUAUAUAUAAAUAAAUAUAUUUUCCUUAAAGUGAAGAUCCUAGGAGGUCUCUUAGGCCCUCAGAUCGAGGGAGUGGCAGGGGCAGGGGGCGAGGACAUCCUUUGCAGAGCGGGGAUGGCCACUGCGGAUGCAGGGACCUGGCGCCCUCGGCACAGCCACUCGUUUCGGGAAACCUGCUCUCCAAGCCAAAAAAAUAAUAAAAAAAUAGAAAAUAUCCGAGGACAACUUAGCUUACAGACAGGAGCUGGAGGGAAAACACUUUUUUUUCUAAAGGCCCCCUUUCCUGACCUCCUUUCGUCUCCGUUUCCCAUCCCAGCGACUUUCUCCCGGUUCUCUUUUAUAACCAGGCUCGGGGCUGAAGAGCAGGGAGGGAGUGCCUGGCCUCGCCGGGACAGCUCUUCUGCUAGUCAGGGUAUAGAUUUGGGUUUUUUUUUUUUUACCGUCUCUUCAAGCAGGUGUUUGGGAGGAGAAAAGCUCUCGCCAGUGGUUGCUGUUACAGUGACAUCAAUAAAGAUCUUGGUUCUAUUAAA